CAUGCUCAUUGGCCUAGGACGCCGGGGCCCGCGAAGCGGAAGCAUUGGGACAGCUGAAAAAGGUCUUGAUCAUGAACGCCCCUGGAGGAAGGAGGAAGGAAGGUAGAAGGACUCAUAGACCCCGGGAACAGGACCGAAAUGUGCAGCUGUCUAAGGCUCUGUCCUAUGCCCUUCGCCACGGGGCCUUGAAGCUGGGACUUCCCAUGCGAGCUGAUGGCUUUGUGCCCCUGCAAGCCCUCCUGCAGCUGCCCCAGUUCCACAGCUUUUCCAUUGAAGAUGUGCAGCUCGUGGUCAAUACCAACGAAAAGCAGCGGUUUACCCUGCAGCCAGGCGAGCCGAGCACUGGGCUCCUCAUCAGGGCCAAUCAGGGCCACUCCCUACAAGUCCCUGAGUUGGAACUGACGCCCCUGGAGACACCACAAGCCCUGCCCUUGACACUAGUCCAUGGUACAUUCUGGAAGCACUGGCCAUCUAUUCUACUAAAGGGCUUGUCACGCCAAGGAAGGACACACAUCCACUUGGCCUCAGGAUUGCCUGGGGACCCUGGUGUCAUCAGCGGCAUUCGUCCAAAUUGUGAGGUGGCGGUGUUCAUCGAUGGACCCCUAGCCCUCACAGAUGGAAUCCCUUUCUUCUGCUCCGCCAAUGGUGUGAUUCUGACUCCAGGGAAUGCUGAAGGCUUCCUGCUUCCCAAGUACUUCAAGGAGGCCCUGCAGCUUCGACCUACACGAAAGCCUCUCUCCUUGGCUGGUGAUAAAGAGACAGAGACUCAGAGUGGCCCCAAGCUCAGUUCCAGAGGAGGAAGAAGAAAGAUCCAACAAUAAAAUAUUUAUUUAUUAAAAAACCUGAAACAGACACAGAAAGAAAGUCCAGCUUCAAACCAGGAUUUGUGGUUCCUCAUCCGUGUCUGGCAUUCGUCGUGUGCUUAGGGACUACAUAGAGGUCGGGGGUGUGAGCUUCUGCCAACAGGGUGAGAGGAGGGGCUCUGUGUGGCUCAGGGCCCAUCAUCCCUAGGCUGGCUGGUGGUAGCACCUACCCCAGCGAGGGCCCUGGCCUGCCUGGUGACAACAAGUGAAGUUGCCCAGCAGUGUACAUCCCGGGAGUGAUGGAGCAGUGUGUUCAGGUGGGUGUGGCCUUUGGGGGGUCCCUGGAGGUGGUGAGUGGAGCAGGGGCUGCCCUCAGAAGGCCUCAUGGCCUCCUGUAAGCUGCAGGAACAGAUCCUCAUCCAGCUCUUCCCCUCGGGCCCGCUCUCGGGUGGACAGGAAGAUGUAACCCCCGAUGUACUCGUGCACGAUGCGGCAGCUAGCAGACACACAGCUGAAGGCCACAUUGAUGUGUUCAUCGAACUCAAUGGCCACCUGCAGGUGGGUUGUCACAGGUCCAGUGGGCUGGGGCAACAAGCAGCAGCCUCUGCCCGGCCCUGGUUGGGUCUGAGCUGGCUACCUGUCCCUGUCCCUGCCCUCCCUUGGGGCCUACCUGCCGUAUGUCCCAGUUGACGUUCCAUUGCCGCAUGUUGCUGAAGCGCCAGGUCUUGACCACGUCACCCACGGCCAGAUCAAUCCGGAUGAGUCGGUUGUUGGCAAUGCCUAGGAUCUCAUCUUUCCUGCUGCCCUUGAACCUAGAUCCCAGGGAGAGAGAUCGUGAGUGAGAGCUACACUGUAUAUGGCCCCAGAACACACCCCAUGUGUUUAUUGCUGCAGGGACCUCAAGGUUGGAGCACAGCCUCACCUGCCUGCCCCAGGGCUGCAGCUCUGCAGCUGCUCAGCCCCAGGCAGCCAGCCAUUCAGUGGCUCUUAGCCUCAAGCUCCUACUUUGAAAAAAAUGGGGUUGUCCCUGGGCUUAUGCUAACCAGGUAUGGUACUGUAGGCCUAUCCCAGCGAAGGGGCUGAGGCUGAGUUCACAUCAGAUUUCCAUACAUGGUAAAAGAAGCCCUGCCUCAGGAACAGGAAGGGCCGGGACGAUGCCUAAGUCAACAGAGCACCUGCCUUGCACACACAAAGAUCCACAAGUGCUCGUGAUCCCUGGGGCUUGUUCGCCAGCCCGCCCACCCUCCGUGUGAAUUCCAGGCCAAUAUGAGACCUUGUCUCAAAAACAGGAUAGAAAGGCCGGGUGGAUAAAGCUCUUGCCACACAUGUGUGAAAAUACAGAACCCUUGCAAA